CCUUCUCUCCAUUGCCAUCGUCCAGGUCGCCUCCGCUCCAGUCCUUCGUCGUCCCAUCGGUUUCCCGAUAAACGCCACCAUGGCCGACACGGCAGCUCCGCGACCGCACAGCACAGCAGAACAACUCGUAAGGCUGUCCUCGAAGCGGACGCGAGAGAUAUUCGCCGCCGACUUUGCUUCCUCAGCCGCGCUCGAUCACGCAUCAAACGGCAACUUCUCGAUACACCCUACCACGCCAGCCCCCUCGGUAGCCGCAGACCAAGCAGGCGUCGCAUCGCGCAUUCGCAAUGAAUACGAACACGUGCGUGAACUGCCGCCUGCCCUCGCCGCCAAGAUGGCAAGUGCUGCCUCUACAGCCGCCGAGCGACGCAAGAAGAUCAAGGCGCAGAAUGCCGAAGAAAAGGCCUCGGACCCAAAAAUGCAGAAGAUGAUUGAGGGUGUUUCGGAGAGGGCUGACAAGGCGCGCGACGCGCAAUCAAUGCAGUUGGCUGUAAGGGCCGGAGGGAAGGGCGCUGCGCCAAAUGCACAAGGGCCCACGCCAACCAGAGACCAGACAUCCAGUUCGCUGGUUAGAAAGGACGUGGUCAGGCAAGCAAAGCCCGAAUGGCAUGCCCCUUGGAAGGUCAAGACGGUUAUCAGCGGUCACAUGGGCUGGGUGCGAUCGGUGGCCAUGGAGCCUGGAAACGAGUGGUUCGCCACGGGCGCGGCGGACCGCACUAUCAAGCUCUGGGACCUUGCGAGCGGUCAAUUGAAAAUCACACUCACAGGACAUAUUUCGGCAGUCCGAGGCCUCGCCGUAAGCCCGAGGCAUCCAUACCUUUUCUCAUGCGGAGAAGACAAGAUGGUCAAGUGCUGGGACCUGGAAACCAACAAGGUAAUCCGGCACUACCAUGGCCAUCUGAGCGGAGUCUACUCGCUUUCGCUCCAUCCUACAGUCGAUGUGCUGUGCACAGGAGGCCGAGACGGUGUAGUGCGAGUAUGGGAUAUGCGCUCACGCAGCAACAUCCACGUCCUCGGCGGCCACAAGGGCACAAUCUCGUCGAUCCAGUGUCAAGAAGCCGAGCCCCAAGUCAUUUCCGGAAGCAUGGACAGCACAAUCCGCCUCUGGGACCUCGUGGCCGGCAAAACACGCACCGUCUUGACCCACCACAAGAAGUCGGUCCGCUCUCUCGCCAUCCACCCCACCGAAUUCACCUUUGCCUCUGGCUCCGCACAAUCCGCCAAGCAAUGGCUCUGCCCCAACGGCGACUUUAUGCAAAACUUCACCCCCGUCACCAGCAUCAUCAACACGCUCUCGGUAAACGAAGACAACGUCAUGUUUGCCGGCAGCGACAACGGCGAAAUCUCCUUUUACGACUGGAAAACCGGCCAUCGCUUCCAGCACGGCGAGAGCAUCGCUCAGCCUGGUUCCCUCGAGGCCGAAGCCGGCAUCAUGUGCUCUACCUUUGACAAAACCGGUCUCCGUCUCAUCACAGGCGAGUCCGACAAGUCCAUCAAGAUCUGGAAGCAGGAUGACAAUGCCACUGAGGAGACGCAUCCUUUGGAUUGGAAACCCACGCUGGGUAGGCAAAAGUAUUGA